AUGGACUUUGGUGGAAGUUGGGAUAAUCACUUGCAUUUAAUAGAGUUUUCCUACAAUAAUAGCUAUCACACCAGCAUCCAGGCCGCCCCGUUUGAAGCUUUGUAUGGGCGAAAGUGUCGGUCCCCGUUGUUUUGGGCGGAGACCGGAGAUAAACAGCUUAUCGGUCCAGAAUUGGUUCAAGAAAUCACAAAUAAGAUUGCUCAGAUAUGCGACCGUAUCAAGACAGCUCGUGAUAGACAGAAAAGCUACGCCGACAAACGACGCAAACCGUUGGAAUUUGAGGUUGGAGACAUGCUGAAGCUUCCGGAAGAACUUAGCAGUGUCCAUGACACGUUUCAUGUGUCUAAUCUCAAGAAAAGUCCUACUCAAGAAACAAUCAUCAUUCCAGCAGAUGAGAUUCACGUUUACGACAAACUCCAAUUUGCCGAAGAACCUGUUGAGAUUACGGACUGGAUGGUCCACAAAACACGGAGAAGUCGUAUUAAACUCGUCAAAGUUCGUUGGAAUUCACGUCACGGCCAAGAGUUUACAUGGGAACGUGAAGACCAAAUCAAGUCAAAGUACCCGCAUUUGUUUCAGAACUCCCCUGCAACCGAUAACGCAACUUGA